AUGUCACAAUCGCUCCGCCCAUACCUGCAGGCUGUUCGUAGCAGCCUGACAGCCGCCCUCUGUCUCUCCAACUUCGCAUCUCAGACUGCCGAGCGGCACAAUGUUCCGGAGGUCGAGGCGCGGACAUCACCCGAGGUGUUGCUGACACCGCUAACGAUCGCGCGCAACGAGAAUGAGCGCGUCCUCAUUGAGCCCAGCAUCAACAGCAUACGCAUCAGCAUCAAGAUCAAGCAGGCGGAUGAAAUUGAGCAUAUCCUGGUCCACAAGUUCACUCGCUUCUUGACGCAGCGUGCCGAGUCCUUCUUCAUUCUCCGGAGAAAGCCCAUCAAGGGAUACGACAUCUCCUUCCUGAUCACAAACUUCCACACCGAGGAGAUGUUAAAGCACAAGCUGGUCGACUUCAUCAUUCAGUUCAUGGAGGAGGUAGACAAGGAGAUCUCAGAGAUGAAGCUAUUCUUGAAUGCACGGGCUCGCUUUGUAGCUGAGUCAUUCUUGACACCGGUAAGACCUGGCAUCCCGUUGUCAAGCAUGGCCCCAAUAUCCGUCUGA